UGGUCCGUAGUGGAAAAAAUGGUGACCUUCAUCUUAAGCAGAUUGCAUAUUAUAAACGAACUGGUGAAUAUCAUCCAACUACACUGCCAAGUGAGAGAAGUGGCAUAAGAAGAGCAGCAAAAAAAUUUGUCUUUAAAGGAGAAGAAGUUUGGGGUGAGAUAAGCAGCAAGUACAAUCACAGGUAACUAAAUGAAUGUUGGUGCAAGUGCAAUCACAGGUAACUAAAUGAAUGUUGGUGCCAUUAUUGGGAGUUUUGCCUAUAGGUUCUAAGGAAGGUUUCUCCAAAGCAGGUCAGGAAAAUUUAAGAUGAGACAUGCCUGUUCAUUUCUCCCUGUGUACACUUGUCCCAGUAACUCCCUUCUGCCAAAGAAUAAGCAGACUUAUUACCUCUUAGACUAAAGUGAGGAGUCAUUCAUUCAUUUACUCAGUUAUGCAAUAAAUGUUUACUGAGUCCUUGCUACACACCAAUCACAUUCUAGGCCUUGGAGAUACAUUGAUGAGUAAAAUAGAUAAGGUUGAAGUAAGCAGAGUUCCACUAAGCAUGUGGUUAGGCACACUAGUAGCUUGAUAUGGGAUAUUCUGAAGUUUGAAUAGCUGCCUCAUCUACAUUGGAGGGGUGGUGGUUCUUUCCACUUCCUGGUUGCUUCCUAGCUAUAGAUUCUUCUCAGGUGUCCUCCCAAGGAAAGCAAAAAACUAUCUUGAGGAUUAAGGCUCUCCCACUUUCCCACUCUUCCUUCCGCACCUCCAGCUCAGAUCCAGAAGAACUUGGGGGAGGUGGUUGCUUUAAAAAAUGUACCUGUGAUGAAACUAUUUGGGAAAAUUCUGUUCCAGGGUGUUGCUUCUCUGUAAGUAAUUCAUUUGCUAAUUCAUGCCAUUUUUAGGAGGCACCUGCAAGUAUUAUUCCAAUUUGAGUACUCAACAAAGAUAAUUUCAUACUCCCAUAGUUAUUGCAGGGGCCCUGGUGGCACAGUAGUUAAGAACUAUGGCGUGCUAUGGCUGCUAACCAAAAGAUCAGCAGUUCAAAUCCACCAGCUGCUCCUUGGAAACCCUAUGGAGCAGUUCUUCUCUGUCCUAUAGGGUCACUAUAAGUCAGAGUCGACUCAACAGUAACGAGUUUUAACGGGUGUAGUUACUGCAUGCUUUAGUGAACAACCCAACUCUACUUGUAUUCAUAACUAGUAAAAUUAUAGCAGCUAGUGAUCUUCCUAGAUAUCUAGUACUUGUAACAACGGAGAACUUUUCAGAUUGUAUGGUAGCAUCAUUACAAAGAGAUAUUCUGUUUUAGGGGAAGAAAAGUUUUUUUAAAAAACAAAAAGCAUGGCUUGCAGAUAAGGUAAUGAUUAUCUUAAAACUUUAUAAAUAACUGAAAAUUCCAAUUCUAUCUUUUUGGUAUCAUUUAUUCCAGAAAAAAAGCUGUUUUAUGUUGGAAAAGACAGAAAACAAAAUCGUUUGGUAAUUGUUUCAGAAGAGGAAAAAAAGAAAGUCCUGAGAGAAUGCCAUGAAAAUGACACUGGAAUCCAUCAUGGCAUAUCCAGAACCCUCACUCUAGUGGAAUCCAGCUACUAUUGGACUUCUGUGACCAAUGAUGUCAAACACUGGGUGUAUGCUUGUCAGCAUUGCCAAGUGGCAAAAAAUACAGUUAUUUUAACGCCUAAACAGCACCUUCUGAAAGUGGAAAAUCCAUGGAGUGUAGUUACUGUUGAUCUGAUGGGACCUUUUCACACAAGCAACAGAAGUCAUGUAUAUGCUAUAAUUAUGACAGAUUUGUUCACAAAAUGGGUUGUGAUUUUGCCUCUAUGUGAUGUUUCAGUAUCCGAAAUUUCUAAAGCUAUUAGCAAUAUAUUUUUCUUAUAUGGACCUCCUAAGAAAAUAAUAAUGGACCAAAGAGAUGAGUUCAUUCAUCAGAUCAAUGUAGAGCUGUAUGGAUUGUUUGGCACAAAGCAAAUUGUAAUUUCUCAUGCCUCUCAAACUGUUGAUCCCACUGAAAGUACACCUAGCACAAUCAAAAUGUUUCUGUCCAAAUACUGUGCUGACCACCCAAACAACUGGGAUGAUCAUCUGUCGGCUGUUUCAUUUGCCUUCAAUAUAAUUCACUUGGAGUCUGCUAAAAAUACACCAUAUUUUCAAAUGUUUAAUCGAAAUCCUUACAUGCCUGAGACUUCAGAUAGUCUUCAUGAAGUGGAUGGUGGUAAUACAAGUAUGUUUUCCAAAAUUCUAGAUGCCAUUAAAGAAGCUGAUAAAAUAAUGGCAAAUAAGACAACUUCAGCAGACCAGAUGCAGAACAACAAUUUUAAUGAAGUAAGUAAAAGCAAGAUCAUUGUUAAAAAGAAACCAAAGCAGUUGAAUCCAUUUCAUCUAAAAGUGGGUCAUGAAGUUUUAAGACAAAGGAAAAAUUGGUGGAAGGAUGGCCGUUUCCAGUCCGAAUGGGUUGGCCCUUGUGUCAUAGACUAUAUUACAGAAAGUGGGUGUGCUAUCCUGAGAGACAACACUGGAGCUAGACUUAAAAGACCUAUCAAAAUGUCUCACCUUAAGCCCUAUGUAAGAGAAUCCACUGAACAAGACAGUCUUUAUCUCUUACAAGGUUCAAUAGUAGCAGAUCAUGACUACAUCAGGUUGCCUGAAAUUCCAGUUGGAGCAUACCAAGCAAAUAUUCUGGUAGAAGAUGCAACUAUUGCUGUAGUUGAUAAUGAAUUACUGACAUCAACCAAGGACCGUGAACUAUUAGAAUAUAGAAAUGCCAAAGUCUCUCCAUUGAUAGAAGAUCAUGGUACUCUUGACAAACAGACUUUCAGUCUGUUGGAUUCUUCAAACCAAGUCCUUGAGUACUUAAGUUAGUAAAUACCAAAAUUUAUUUAAAAUGCUUGUUUACAAUGUAUAAACCCUUGAAUCUUGAUAUCUCAUCUAUCAAAAAAGUUGUAUAGAAGUGUCUUGACACACUCUUGAUAACUAAAUCCUGAUGUCUAUUUUAUAACUAUUUAUCUGAAGUUGUGACCAUGUUUGAAUGUCAGUGCAUAUAUAUGUAUACGGGCAGAGGAAGUGUAUCAUAUAUAGAAUUCACUUCUAAACAGAGAAUAGGCAAAGCACACUUGCUUCUUAGGAAGUAAAUUAAAUUCUUGCUCAAAACUCUCUAAUCUUUGUUUGAUAUCUGUAUUGUGUUUUCAGUUUUAAUUUUUCUGGAAUACUUCCCCCUUGUGUAAAUAAAUUCUAACUCCCUACAAUGGGAUUAAUAAAUAUUGAAUCAACCAUAACAAUGAAUUAAAUGAAACUUCUUUAUGUGUCAUUGGAGCUUGUAAAAAUAAUAUUGUAGGAAAAAACUCAGGGUUGUCUAAUGUGCUCUUACAAGAUAUUGGUAAUUUCACCUUUUAGAUAGGCUCAGGGUUAAGGUCUGGAGCUCUAUUAUUGGUUUGAAACAUUUAUUCAUUUCCAUAAUAUAUACUAAAGCCAAAAACACCAACUUCAAUUAAUAAGAAUUUUCUCUGCAAUCUUUAAAAAAGAGAAGUAAAUAAUAAUGAUAAAAUAAGUGACAUCAAAGAUUUUAAAUUAUAAUUUUUAUGACAUUUUUAACUUUGUUCAACAAGUAUUUCUUGUAAAGCACUGCAAAGAAGCACUGUGGGAAAAUAAAAAGAUGAGUCAGAUAUGUACCUGAGUCCUUAUAAGGGACUUACAGUCUGAUAAGGAGUAUAAACCAUAUAAGACAUGUGCAGAGGAGCCCUGGUGGUGCAGUGGUUAAGCACUCAGCUGCUAAAUGAAAGGUUGGCCUUUCGAACCCACUAGCCAAUCUGUGGGAGAAAGAUGUGGCAGUCGGCUUCUGUAAAGAUUACAGCCUCCGAAACCCUGUGGAGCAGUUCUUCUCUCUCCUUUAGGGUUGCUAUGAGUCGAAAUCAACUUGAUGGCAGUGGGAUUUUUUAAGACAUGUACAACACAAAUUACAAGUUAAAAAGUGCUAAAUUCCAUGAGAGAAGUACAGAUAAUAUACUUAUAAACCAGCUGCCAUUGGGUUGAUUCCAACUAAUGGCAACCUCUGUGCUUCAGAGUAGAACUGUGCUCUGUAGGGUUUUCAAGGGUGUGACCUUUUGGAAGCAGAUCACCAGGCCUGUCUUCUGAGGUACUUUUGAGUUGGUUUGAACCUAGUUACACAUUGCUGAUAGGUCUGGGGUUUAUUUUAGAGGUGACAACAAUGCCCAAAAGUUAGAUAGUGGUGAUGGUUACACACUCUGCGAAUAUACUGAAGUCCACUGAAUUGUGCACUUUAAAGGGUGAAUCCUAUGUAUGUGAAUUAUAUCCCAAUAAAGGUGUUAUAAAAAGAGUCUAAACCACAGUUAAAACAACAGAACUAGCCACAGAGCCACAUCUAAUUCCAUAAGAGAGGUAAGUACAGUCUUAUCAUAUUCUUGGAAGGAAGAUAACCAGAAUAUUGGUAGAUAAUUUCAAUAACUGGCAUACUCAUUAACGAGUUUAAUAUGUCAUUUGAUUUACUCCAUGGAUGAAGCAGUAUAAAGGUCAGUGUAGAGAUACUCAAGCCAUAUUCUUGCCAUGGACCAUGUUGAACAUUAAAACUUUUUAUUUUCCACGUAGGAAACGUUGACUCCAGUCACGUUGUUUUACUCACGAUCCCCUCCAGUACUUAUUUGUUCCAGCCUGGAUGCCUUUUGUACUAGGUCUGUCCAUACCUUUGCCUAGAAUGUGGUGCUCCUCUUUUUCAAAGUAGAGCUAAGUCACACUCUGUGAAGUCACCUGUGACCUGAUGAGGUUUCCAUGCUUAUUUGUGGCAUCUUUUUAGUAAAUUCUGUUAAUGGUUAUUUAUGAUAAAACUUAUUUUUCCUCCCCGAUAAAUUGUCAAUAUAAGCUAUUCAAACUAAAUGCUGGUUUUAUAACUGAAAUCUCAGGAUCCUAACGCAGAGAUUUCAAGUACAGAUUUUAAGUAAACAAAUACAAAACAAAGUACCCACAGAUUUUUAUGUACACAGACACUUGUCUCUAAUGUUUGCAGGGCCUGUCAAGAGUGAAAAUAGAGGUCCAUGUAACAUGUACCUAAAUAUUUAAAAGUUACAAAUCAAGCUAACAAACUUUCUAUCUUGGCAGAUAUACCCUAAGGUUUCUAUUUAGGAUCCUUGGACUCCUCAGAGCCCUGCACUAGUGAGUGACAGCGCAGGGAGAGCUGGUCUCAUCAGACCCCAGCCUGGCCCUUUGUCUCACCAUAUCCACUCCUGAGGACACCCAACCACAGUCCACCGAGAUGCAGGCACUCCAGCUGCCCGUCCCCUCUGGGGGACAGACCAGAGGCCCUGGAAGAAUU